UGAUUAAUUAAUCACUAAUUAACAACGAGGGCUCUGGGACGGCAAGUCUGUUGUUCUUCUCCGCCAACUACCUCAAGUAUCAACAUCGAGCAUAGCCUCGGAUGUGGCCCGAGCUUCCACAUGGCAGCUACACAGGACAAGAUGGCCGUUUGAUCCCCCGGUGUUGUUUCAGCCAAUGCUCCCUUUCUCUAGCACUCGCUAUCAAUUCCACUCUUUACUUCUUAUCGUUCUGCAUAUUGCAUCCUUGCUCCUUGUAUUUACGGCUCUUUUGACAGCGCUGACGCAGAGCGCCACCGAGGUGAUGUUUCAGCGAAUCCGCGGCGCAAUAGACUCCCGGAUUGCAGAGGAGCAGGCGCGACAGAGGCAAGCACAGGAAUCUAUCUCACGGUCGAACUCCGCACGUCGUCAGGCCUCUCGCGACCUUUCCACCGGUAGGCGACCAGCUCGGACACGCGCAGGGACUCUUUCAGGCAAAGGUCCCGACCCGGCCGAAUUCGAAUCCGAAUUUGCUGUUGGCGAGGAUGAUGGAUCCAGCAGGUCUGGCACACCUCGUUCAGAGCCUUCUGUACCUCCGGAAGGGGGCGCAAGUGGCGAUGGAGAAAAGAAAGCGUCAGCAGAGUCCGCGGGCAAGGAAGCCGCACCUGAUACAGGCUCGAGUACGGCAGCUGCUGAGCUUCCCACCGAUGUCAGAGUGAGGCUACGGAGGUUGGACAAGCUGGAGUCUAGGUAUCAAGACCUUUUGAAAGCCUACCGUGUCGCGCAUGCCCGUGUUCUGUCCAUCGAGCCGUUUGAAGCGGCCCUACGUGAGAAUACACCCCUGACGUCCAUCAGCGAUCCAAAAUCGUUCACGGAAUACCUCAACCAGAUUUCGCUCAAAGGAGAUAUGGUUCUGGAUGAGCUGAAGCGGGUCACAGCAGAACGAGACCAGUUCAAGAAGAACCUGGAAGAGGCAGAGAAGUCUGCGAAGGCUGCGUGGGAUGAGGUUACAAAUCUGAAAAAGGGCCAGAUACAAAGAGACUCGUCCUCCGAACCAGGCACAACUAACGGCGUUCCGGAGAAACUUACGAUCGAUACCACCACCUCGACUGAUGUCGAGAACCCCCAGAAGUCGCCAACUGGCUCGAUCGCUUCGAAGGCUGCGGUAAUACCGGGGAUGUCUUUAUUUUCGCCACGGACAAAGGCAGCAAAAUCUCCUCUAGCCAAGGAGGAGAGCGAGGAGUUCUUCUCCUUCGAUAAUGAGAUUCCCCGUCUAGAGUCUGAACUGAAAGAGAAGAAGGAGGAAAUCGAGGGAUUACAGUCCCAGGUUGAAAACCUGAAGCGCGAUCUGUCUGUGGCAAGAGAGUCAACAGAAGGCAUGGUGGGCAGUUUGGAAUCCGCGACUCGUGAGCUGGAAGGUCUGCGGGAUGCCAAGGAUAACUACGAGACGGAGAUUGCACGUCUGAAAGACUCUAGCCGCGCCGAAAUUGACGAACUCAAAUCCAAGAUUUCUACUGCAGAGAGCGCCUUAGAAAAGGCCCAGUCGGCUGCUGAGGACUUGAAGUUACAGUUGAAAGAAAAGUCUGAAGAGUGCGAGAAGUUGAAACAACAGAUUUCUGAAACCAACGAUCGUGAUCAAACGGAACUGCCAAAGAAGCUUGCGGAGGCCGAAAAGGAGAAAGAAGACAGUAAGAAGCGUCUUGACGUGCUGCAGGGACUGGUAGAUAGCCUCAAGUCGCAGCUCAAGGACUCCGAAUCCUCCGUCUCCUCCCUCACUGCAGAGCUUUCGGAAAAGCGUAACCUCCAAAAGAUUGUGGACUUUGUCGACACUGGCUUGAAAGAGAACGAGAAGUGGCCAGCCGUACGCGAGCGUGUGGCAAGCGGCCAGGCGGUGGACUUCGCAGAGAUCCGGGACGACCUGACAUCCACAUCAUCUGGCACUGCAGAAGCAACCAAACCCAAGCAAGAGCAGACUAGUCAACCAGCCACUGCCGCGGGAUCAGGCGGAGGAAAGAAGAAGAAGAACAAGAAGAAGAAAGGCGGCAAGGGCGGAGAUGAAAAUGGCACAGCAGCGGGUGCAGCCGCACCUUCGGAGAAGCAACAACCGGCAGCCGAUGACAGCAAAGAGGAGGCCGAUAUUAGCGAACUGGAGCUCAGAAUCAAAUCUCUCAAUUCACAGCUUGCUGAAAAAGAUGCUGCUAUUGAUCGCUUACAUUCCAAGCUCAAGGGCGAAGAGGAUCUGAAAGAGGAGAUCGAGUCGCUACGUGAUGACCUUCUCCAUCUUGGCCAGGACCAUGUCGAAGCAAAGGACAAGAUCAAGGAACUCUCCGCAGAGAAGGCUGCGCUGGAAGCUAGCCUGGCGAAGUUAGAGAAAGAACUCGCCGAACUUCAAGCCAGCAACGCGUCCAGUACUGCUGGGUCCGAGAAAGCACAUAACGAUUUGAAGGCGGAAUUCGAGGAACUGAAGGUCAAAGCAACGACUUUGGAAACAGACCUUUCGGCAGCCCAGCAACUCGCAGCCUCUAGAUUCAAGGAUCUGACCGACCUUAGAGAAACUCUACAGAAAUUACAGCCGGAGCUUCGGACUCUGCGCUCCGAAUCUGCUGAGCUGAAGACAGCAAAGGAGGACCUCAAGAGCAAAUCGACCGAACUCAAAACAUUGCAAGCCAAACAUGACGACCUACGCACCGAGGUGAAGAGCCUUAGAUCUAAUAUCGCCGAAAGGGACGCGGAAGUGAAGACGUUGAACCAAAAGAUUAGACAGGAGACUGAUAGCCGCCUCAAAGCGGAAGAAGCUUGCACCGCCGCCAAAUCUGAUCUUCGUAGCAUGGAGGCAAAGAAGCAGGAAGCUGCUGAGGCAAAAGAAAAAGCCAAGAAAGAAUUAUCGAAAUCGCAGGAUGACUUGAAGGCGUCGAGGACGAAGCUACGAGAAGUCGAAGAACAGGUUACGCGACUAAACAAGGACAUCGAGGGCCUCCGCGAGGAGAUCCAGCUCAAGACAGCCCAGCAUGCUAGUGCACAGAGCUUGAUGAACAGCAUGCGUGACCAGUCGGCAGAAAUGGCAAUGCAAAUGAAAGAGGUCCGUCAACGGUGCGAGAGCCUGGAGGAAGAACUUGUGGAUGCGCAUCGACUGUUGAGCGAGCGUAGUCGCGAAGGCGAAACGAUGAGACGACUCCUCAAUGACAUUGAGAGUAAAGCUGAUGCCAAGGUCCGAGACUUCAAGGAGCGAAUGGAAGCCGCCAUCGAGGAGCGAGACCGGGCCGAGGAUGAGGCCAGUACUCUCGGUCGACGUCGUGCACGAGAGUUGGAGGAACUCAAAACAAAAGUUCGGGAGGCAGAGAAGGCCCUACGAAGAGCUGAAGAGGAUAAGGAAGAGCUCGAACACGCACAGCAAGACUGGAGACGGCGACGGGACGAACUAGUGUCCCAGUCUGAACGUUCUGUCCAGGAAUUGCAGGAAGUCCGGGAAGCAAUGGCAGAACUGCGCGAUGCCCUGGAUGAAAGCGAGAAGCAAGUUCGUGAACUUGAGAAAGAGAAGGCUGAGCUGCGUCGAUCCGUCGAGGAAACCAGCAAUCGCCUGGAAAAGGUGCGAAAAUCCAACAAGCUUCUUACAGAUGAGGUCCGCUCCGCUCAGACUUCGAUACGCGGACUUGAUUCCAAUAAUCAGUCUUCACGAUCAUCCAUCGACUCCGGUUCGCGUAAGGGUGUCGUCUCCCCGCCACCAAGGGAUCGAAACACGUCUGUUUCCCGGAGUCAGACACCGACUGGUCCUGGUGCGCCUGCUAUCGAUUAUAUCUACCUGAAAAACGUGCUGCUUCAGUUCCUGGAGCAGAAGGAUAAGAACUACCAGAAACAGCUUAUUCCUGUGCUGGGGAUGCUGCUUCAUUUCGACAGGUCCGACGAGCAGAAAUGGAUGUCAGCCGUAAUGUCUAGAUGACCUGUUUCUCUUUUCUUCAUUUUGUAUGACUAUCAGCUUUAUAUAUAGUAGUUAUGCCCUCUUGGGGGCGUUGAUCCUUGGACAACUGAUCAUCAAUCGUUCCCUUAUGUUGAUACGGCCGCAUUUUCCUCUUUUGUAUAAGGCCAAUAGGCGGCGAUGUUCCUGUCAUUGACAGGGCGCGACGGGUAGCUUAAAUUAGAGGUUUCAAAUUUAACUGCGGGGU